AUGUCAGGUCGCCCACAUCGCAGAAGACGAACUGAGAUUGCAUGUUCGGAAUGCCGAUACAGGAACCAAAUCCGGAUAUGGAAGACUGACAUUGGUAGUGUGAGGGAACAAGGCCGGUGUGUGCACGAUGUCAGCAUAGGAGGAGAAAAUGCAACUAUCAGCAGCCUACAAGGUCUGGUACUCGACAUCCAAAGGUUAAGAGGUCAAGCUGCAGACCAGCAGGGCUUAGCUCACCGGAUUGAGAUACUGGAGGAUAAAUUCGGUCAUAGAACCGGAUCGCAAAUACAUUCACCAGGUUCAUCAGUUGGGAAAACAGUGAGCGAAGAUACGAGUGUUGAUGAGCUUGCCACACACGCAUUCUCUGAGACAUCUCUUGGCCAUGUCUACUUUGGGUCUAGUUCGAACUACGCCAUGUUUAGACUCAUCUCGAACGCAUUCGCAGAAAGCGCUCUCCUACACCUGACGCUAAGCAGUCAUGCAUCUACCGCUAUUCAAAGCUGCAGCAUAACAGAAGGAAAGAGGAAUUCAACUAGAAAGGAACCACCAUUAGUAAAGCAAUUCUCCAUACCUCUGGAAGAUAUACACGCCCUUCCGUCUAGAGAUGAGGUACUGUACCUUGUUAGUCGCUUUUCCACAACAAUCGGUGUCAUCCUUCCAUAUGUCAACUAUGAAUCCUUGUUAAAUACCUAUGAGAAAGCUCUUCUUGAAAGGCAUCCAAGGUUCCAAAGGGGCUUUUUGGCUCUUCUGAAUGUGAUUUGGGCACAUGCAUCUGCGUCCCUGCAGCUUCCGGAGGCAGAGGUAUUCUACAGUCAUUGCGCAGGCCUUCUCGACCAGCGAACAUUGGAGAGACCAACUUUUGAACUAGUCCAGACAUCACUGCUAAAGUCUUUCUACGAGCAGAAUCAUCAAAGGUCUACAUCGAGUUAUACGACCCAUACAAACUGUGUCAGAGCGGCAUUGCAGAUGGGCUUUCAUUGUGCCUCUGUUCGGGAUGCUCAUGGACAUACACCUGACAGUCUGCAUCGAAAAUUGUGGUUGGGAAUUGUGUAUAACGAUAGAACUAUGGGGUUAACCCAAGGGAGACCGUAUCUUAUACCUUACUCCAUUGAAAAGACCUGCGAACUGAAACAGCCCGCAAUACCAGGGGAUAUAAGUUCCCUUUAUCUGUUUCAGAUGAUAUCCUCUAACACACUCCUGGACGGCAUCAUCGAAACACUGUACGAUCAAAAUUUGGACUCGGGCCAGUCUCUCAAUAUACAGACCGCCAUUAACAAGCGUGAUAAUCUACAAUUCCACCUCGAACAAUGGGCCGACAGUCAUCCUGAGUGCAUUUCCCUGCUCCCGAGUGAAGAAUUACUGAAAAAAUCAGCGAGCCCAGAUGCUCGCUGGGCCGUACGAGUACUCCUAUGCUUACAAUACCAUAGGCUGGAAUUGACCAUGAACUUCCCAUUACUACUGAAUUUCUUAGAGCCCGACUCAACGAAAUCGCUUGGAGACCGUACUCGGCAAAUUUUUCAGCGCAGUUGCUCCCAAAUCCUCCAAGAAGACUGGCUCGCAAUACAAGAAGUGCAGCGUCUGAUAUCACACAUUUCCACACUCCAGGGGGUUAUAGACAUGUACGCAUCAUGGUAUACAUGCAACUAUACAAUAUUCACAGCCAUCCUUCACUGCCUAGCAAUAUUCCUCGUCCGCCAGCAAUACCCCUUAGAUUCGGAGCCGACGCCAACCCAGAUCCGCCAGGAAAUAGAAGCCUGCCUCCGCACCAUGAGAAAUAUCAGUAGAGGAAGCAUCGUGAAUCAGAAGGCGGAUUACUGUAUUCAAAGGUUACUUGUAGUGUUCGACGCCCUUGUCAACGAGCCUCAAGAGCAUGCACGUAAUCCGUUAGACACAUUGACCACCGAUUUCAUUUUCCAGCAUAUCAAGCUCCCAACAGAGGAAUUUUUCAAUCAAUGUAGUCGGCACGAAGGGUCAGAGCAAGCUCAGUUGUUUUUGGAUAUCUUUUCGAGCAUUCCGCUUUGUGAAUGA